AUGGCUUCUGAUCAAGAGAUGGAUGCAACUAGGGAGGUGCUUGUUGUUGGCAAUGAAGGAGAUAAUGCUGCUGCUGCUGACAUUGAACUCAACCUUGAGGACUUUGUGCCUGCUCCUGCAAUAGAGCGAGUUGCCAACACCGCUAACAGCCGUGCUGCACCUGGUACUGCACCUCCUGCUGGUCCUAUUCCUUCUAGAGCACAUGUCGAGCCUCCUACUGCAGCUGCAAAUGCCUUUGGCUCAUGCCUUUCGGCCCUGCCUCGUUUUGUCCAUGGCAAAACUGAUGUGGAGACUUGGCUCUCCAUUGCGGAGGACUUCAUGUCUAUCCACAAUGUGGGUAGCGCGGCUCGCGUGGUCGCUGCGACCUUUGCCCUAGACGACACUGUGAGCAAGUUGGUGUAUGCCAACAAGCGCCACGCAGAGGCGAAUGGCCACCCCUUUGGCUGGGAUGAGUUCAAAGUGGCCAUGCUGACGGCGUUCCUGGUUCAGCCCCCGGCGCUUAAGGUGCAUAGCCGCCUGGAGAACAUCCAGUGUGGUGACCAGCCUGUACGCGACUACGCCAAGGAGUUUGAGAAAACUCUGUCGCUGCUAAAGACUGCUCUCCCUGAGAGCGAGGUCAUCCACCAGUUCUUCAAGGGACUUUCUCAGCACAUCAAGCGUGUGCAUACGAUGAAGGGGGAGCACCAGUGGAAGACCCACAAGGAGUGUAAGGACCAGGUCAUCAGCACGGAUGUGCACUUCCGUGCGUACCUAGACCUCAAGUGCACUCGUGAUCAGCAGAAGCCUUGUGCCGAAGGCCCUAGGGGGGGUGGUAGCAGGACCCAUGCGCCCAGGGGUGGUGGCUCUUAG